AUGGAUGGCAGUUAUUUUGGAGAGCCAAACAUGGGAAAUGAAAGAGUAAGUGGUGGUUCUUCUUCUUCUUCAAGAAAAGGGAAGAAGAACAAUCAAGACAAGCCAAAGCAACCACAAAGAGGAUUAGGAGUUGCUCAAUUGGAGAAAAUCAGAUUACAUGGUCAAAUGGCCUGUGGUGCCUAUCAUCCUCCUCUGCACGCUCCUUACCCAUCUAACUUUAACAAU